AUGAAAAGCAGGAGUACCUGUGAUGCAGCAGCGGGUAGGGGCGAUUCGAAAUUAAGAAUAAGAAUGAGAUUGAGAGAAAAAGGGAAGAAGAAUGGAGGGAAGAGAAAUCAGAAGAGAAGAAGAAUUCAGAAGAAGAGAAAUCAGAAGAGAAGAAUAAUAGAGGGGGAAGAAAUCACGAUAAUCUCAAAAUUCAAAAUCAAUAAUAAUCAUCAAAAGCUCUUCGCCCAUGGUGGAAAUUUUUCAGCAGAAAACAGUUCAAUUAAUAUGGAUGAUAUGGAAGAAUUUAAAGAUAUCCCAGAUUCUUUUGUUGAAAUUCCUCCUAACAAAUAUCCUCUUUUCAUAACGUUUCAUAAGUUCUUAAUGAUGCUUGAUGGAACAUUGGGUAAUUCAUACUUUGAAAGAUUCAGUGAUUUAAGGGAAUUUUCUCAUCAUAAAACUGGAACUUCAAGAUCAGUUGCAUUGCAAACUUUCAUAAGAAUGAAGGAAGUUGACUAUGACAGGUUCUGUUCAUUUUACUGGCCGCAUUUCCAUACCAAGCUAAUAAAGAAGCUUGAUCCUGCUGUAGUGUUUACCGAGAUAAUUUCCCAUAUAAAAGGUGGCCUGCAAGCAGGGGGGACCCUUGAUGGUAAACUUAGUCGAGAAAAUUAUGUUUUACUCUCUGAGGGCCGGGUGUCCCCUUUGAGCAAGCAGAAGAGAGAGGUAAUCUAUGAUAUUUUUCAAGAUUAUGAAAAGAUGAAGAUGGAAAAAGGUGAAUUUGAUAUAGAUGAUUUAGUAAUUGAUCUUCAUCAUCGACUACAAAAGGAAAGGUUUGAGGGUGCUGAAAUGGAUUUUGUUUAUAUUGAUGAAGUGCAAGAUCUUACCAUGAGACAAAUUGCUCUUUUUAAACAUGUUUGCAGAAAUGUUGACGAGGGCUUUGUUUUUUCGGGUGAUACAGCACAAACUAUUGCAAGGGGGAUUGAUUUUAGAUUCCAAGAGAUACGACUAUUGUUCUACAAUGAGUUCAUUUCGAAAUCAAGAAGUAAUGAAUCUGAUGGAAAAAAAGAGAAGGGACAAAUAUCGCAAAUUUUCAAUCUGACUCAAAACUUUCGUACCCAUGCUGGUGUACUUAAUUUAGCACAAAGCACAAUUGAUCUUCUUUACCGUUUCUUUCUUCAAUCUAUUGAUGUUGUGAAACCUGAGACCAGUCUUAUAUAUGGUGAAGCACCAAUUUUACUUGAGUCUGGGAAUGAUGAAAGUGCAAUUGUUACUAUUUUUGGAAACAGUGGAAAUGCUGGUGGCAAUAUUGUAGGAUUUGGUGCUGAGCAGGUCAUAUUAGUACGUGAUGAUCGUGCUAGGAAGGAAAUUUCUGACUUUGUGGGAAAGAAAGCCCUUGUUCUUACUAUAGUGGAGUGCAAGGGCCUAGAGUUUCAGGAUGUAUUGCUGGACAACUUUUUUGGGUCUUCCCCUCUGAAAAAUCAGUGGAGAAUAAUAUAUGAAUUUAUGAAGGAACAAGAUAUGCUAGAUGCUACUUCUCCCAAAUCAUUUCCAACAUUUAGUGAGACAAAACACAGUAUCUUGUGUUCUGAACUGAAGCAACUAUAUGUAGCUAUCACUCGCACAAGGCAAAGGCUAUGGAUUUGUGAGAACAUCGAUGAACUAUCCAAGCCUAUGUUUGAUUAUUGGAAGACAUUGUGCCUGGUCCAAGUGAAGCAACUCGAUGAUUCACUCGCACAGGCAAUGCAAGUUGUAAGCAGCCCAGAGGAGUGGAAGUCACGGGGUAUAAAGCUCUUUUGGGAAAAUAACUAUGAGAUGGCAACAAUGUGCUUUGAAAGAGCUGGAGACACAAUGUGGGAGAAAAGGGCUAAGGCUACUGGCCUUAAAGCAUCAGCUGACCGUUUGCGUGGUUCAAAUCCUGAAAUGUCUUCUACUGUACUUAGGGAGGCUGCUGAAAUCUUUGAUUCGAUUGGUAGGACUGAGUCUGCAGCAGAAUGUUUUUGUGAUCUGGGGGAGUAUGAAAGAGCAGGUAUUUGUUUUUUCCUUAUUUUUAUAAAAGUAAUAUUAGUUUGA